GCGAGGGUGCGAGGAAGAUGUCCAGAUCACAGCUGAGAGGCGCUCAUGUUCGUAUGGCUAUGGGGAUGUUCGUAUGGCGGCUGUUGUGGUACGCAAGCAGCAAGGAGACGAGCGAAGAGGUAAUCGUGGUCUCAAAUCUUUCCCCCUUAGCAUUCAUUCACCAGCAUUCUAACCCGAGCUCCGACGCACAUGUGAAAUUUAAAGGAAACGUGCUGUACGUUUGUUAACGCGACUCGCCUCGGUACUUACGGAGAAUCCCAACAUGAGGAUAAAAAAAUCGACGUCCAACUUUCAUGAAGGCUCUCCGAGGUGGUCUCCAUUGUACAUUACAAGCACGUGCCAAGCCUCACCCGCGGCAACUCUUCCCGAGCAAUGAGAUUGAGACGUACAACUGCAGCCGACCACAACAUUCAGUGAACGUCCAAUGCCAUACCAUACCAUGUGCAUCGACAUCACCCGCAUUCAAAGACCAUGAACGCCCAGUUCCGCGCCUUGGGCCAGGCUUUGCGGAGCUCGAGAGCAUGGUGCCGUCCGGCUGGUCCUGGAGUCCGGCCCCGGAUGGCUCCCUUCGUCUCCAGUACCUGCGCCAGGAAAUUUUCCGCAUCUUCCCUGCUUCGUCAGAUCAGGGAGACGGCGAGUAAAGCUGCUGAGAAUAUUGCGUCGAAACCAGUCGUUGGCGCGGUGCCCAAGAGCAAUGCGCCAUCCAAGCUACCCGAACACAAGAGUUACCCCGAGCAUCUCGUCGUGUACAAUGCAGGAGAAUUCCGGUUGACCAUGGUCGCCUUCUGGAAAGCCGUUGCCAUCUUCCAGUUUGGCGUGACAUCCCUGAUUCUGGCGCCGAAUCUGUGGUGGAACGAGAACCAACCCGAUGAGACCUUCAGGAAGAUGCAGGCUGUUGGGGUCUUCAUACUCGGCUCCAUCCCGCCCCUCAUACUGGGCUACCUCACCGCCCCCUUCGUGAAAACCGUCGCCAUCCGCCUGCCCCCGCACGCCCGCCGCUCCCACGCCGCCCUCCACCAAUUCACCUCAAACACGCCUCCCGAAACCCUGCUCGAAUUCACCACCCUGCGCAUCUUCCCCAUCCAGAGAAAAACGACCUGUUUCCUGUUUGAAAUGCGCGCCCUGCCGCACCAGUGGUGGCGGUUUGCGAACCUGGAGCGCAAGAUAACGGAGCGUCUGGUGACGCGGCGCCAGAAGAUGAGUCGCUGGCGCAGGUUCUUGGAGGUGGUGAAUGAGCCGCGGUUCAAGUUCCACGUCAAGGAAGGGAGGCAGUUCGAAGCGAAGACCCCCGCUGGCGUCGGCGUGUGGAGGAAUAUAGCGAGGCAGAUUAGACUGCAGACGGAAAAGGUCGAGGUGGCGGCUGCGAAGCUGGACGGGUUGAGGGGAGGGCGCGCAGGUGGGCAGGAGGAGCGGGUGGAGAAGAUAAAGGCCAAAUUUUUGAAGUUGGAAGGGGAGAGGACGGGUGAUGAGGGCGAGAGGAGGGUGAGGAGGCAGACGGCCAGGAGUGCGAGGUAACAAUGUUAAUCCUGGGGGGAUUGGUCUGUUAGAGACGCCGCCACUGAGAUGCCGAAGUAGGAAGAGUAUACGAGAUGGUAGCUACCCAAUUGUUGGGGCUCUGCUCUGCGAUCCUUCCACCUACCCUUGUGGCAUUGCGGCGGAGCCACGACCCUAAGCAGAGGCGAUUGGAUCAGGUUGACAGGAAGGAAAGGAUGGAAGUUUGGCUUUCUGCCCUUCCAUCGACGCUGUUUUUGUACGAUACGGUAUUAUAGACAUUGGCUACGUUGAACAAACCAGCUUCGGGCUUGGGACAUUUGUG